AUGUCAAACACCAAGUCCCCCUACAACGGCUACCCCGACACCCGCGACCGCGCCUCUGGCCCGUCCUACCCACACGAAACCGUCCUCUACCCGCCCACAGAACCUCCGCCAUCCUACAACGACCCCCUCGCCCCCGCCGCUCGGAGCGCUCCGUCCUCCCACAGCCCCGCGCCGCUGAACCCAACGAACCCCUACGUCACAGCACCCACUCACUCCCCCUCGCCCUCCUCCUCUUCGCACGCCCCCGCGCCGAAUCCAACGAACCCCAACGUCCUGCCCUCCUCCUCCCCCUCCGCCUCCUUCACCCGCUCGCGCAACCCGGCGAUGCCCUGCGGGCCCUUCGAGCCCCUCACGGUCCUCUGCGCCGGCCCCGCGCUCGCCGCGGGCUUCCCCGCGCACCUCCCGCCGAGCGCGACGGUGCCGCACCCGUUCGGGACGCACGACGUCGCGGAGGCGGACUGGGCGCGCUUCCUCGCCGACCUCGCGCACGCGGGCGCGCGCGGGGGUGAGCCGGCCCUCCGCACCGCGUUUGCGCCGCCGACGCCGCCGGAGCAGGGCGCGGGAGGGGGCUUCGGGCUGGGGCGGGGGUUCGGGCGGGGACGAGGCGGGCGCGGCGGCGGCGGGCUGAUUGAACAGCUCGGGCAGCUCGCGACGCAGCUGGGGACGCCGAAGGACAGUAAGAAGGGCGCGGACUCGGUCACCGAGGUUCUCAGGGAGUGGAACAACAACUUCUUCCACCACCGCAACAUCGAUGCCGCAGUGGUCCUGGACGCACCGCCUCCCCCACCGCAGGCUGCCUCUGCGUUAGAGACGCCGAGCUCGGCGCCGCCCUCCGAGCGCUGGGUGUUGGUGUUGCGGUACUGGCAGCCUGGCGGGAGCUAUGUGCAGCAGCAGGGAUAUGCAGGCGCGGGAGGAUUUUCGAGGACGUAG